GGGAGAGACGCUUGUGGGGGGAGAAGUCAUUGUUUCUGGGUUUACAACACAUUUUCUGCAUCUUCUUCCCCUGUCGCUCUCUGACGCAUCAUUUCUUUCUCUUUCUCGUGUUUGUAUAUUAACUUUUCCAUAUAUCAUAAUCUUCCUUUGUGCAGGAGUCUGUACGUGACAAUUUAUUAUAAUUAUUAUAUAUUAACACGAUUAAAACUCGCGGGUUCAUCCUCUGUUGUUCUGGGAUUCUGGGAUACGUGAAUUGAUUCUCGCUCAUCCCGAAAAGUAUUAAAACAAACCGACUUCGGGAUUUGCGUUUGCAACUUCCUGAUCAGAGGAUGGAGAUGGAUAGGAAAUCAGGAGGUGUGUCGAACGUGGGCGCAUGGGGUAUGAAUGUUGUGAGUUCUGUGGGUAUUAUUAUGGCUAAUAAGCAACUCAUGUCUUCUAAUGGCUAUGCUUUCACCUUUGCAACAACAUUAACUGGGUUUCACUUCCUCGUAACCGCGCUGGUUGGGGCAGUGUCAAAUGCUGCUGGCUUAUCUGCCUCGAAGCAUGUUCCUCUGUGGGAACUCCUCUGGUUUUCAGUUGUUGCCAACAUGUCUAUCACAGGGAUGAACUUCAGUCUCAUGCUAAACUCUGUUGGUUUUUACCAAAUUUCAAAACUGAGCAUGAUUCCAGUUGUCUGCGUGAUGGAAUGGAUUCUUCACAGUAAAAACUACACAAGGGAAGUUAAGCUGUCCGUUCUUGUUGUUGUAAUAGGUGUGGGUGUUUGCACGGUGACUGAUGUCAAGGUUAAUGCCAAAGGUUUUGUAUGUGCUUGUGUAGCUGUUCUGUCGACAUCAUUACAACAAAUUUCUAUAGGUUCCUUGCAGAAGAAAUACUCAGUAGGAUCUUUCGAACUGUUGAGCAAGACAGCUCCAAUUCAAGCAGUUUCUCUGUUAAUUUUAGGCCCCUUCAUUGAUUACUCUCUUAGUGGCAACGUUAUACUUAAUUACAGCCUCUCUUACGGUUUUUUUGCAUGUCUAUUCCUUUCAUGCUCCUUGGCAGUGUUCUGCAACAUAAGUCAGUAUCUCUGCAUCGGGCGUUUCUCAGCAGUUUCAUUCCAGGUUCUUGGUCACAUGAAAACAGUAUGUGUUCUAAUACUGGGAUGGGUGUUAUUCGAUUCGGUGCUGACAUUGAAGAACGUAAUGGGAAUGGUUAUUGCUGUUGCGGGAAUGGUAAUAUACAGUUGGGCAGUUGAGCUGGAAAAGAAGGCCAAGAUUGCACCCCACCACAUAAAAAGUAAUUUGACAGAUGAAGAUAUUAGACUAUUGAAAGAGGGAGUGGAGCACACUCCUCUCAAGGUUAUUGAAAUUGAGCAGUCUAAGUUGUAAGUUAUGUUCAUUUUCCAUGUGUCAUAUAUAUGGUCUUGUGACAGUUUUGUCUGGAUCCCAAGUUAGGGUUGUGAUCUUCUAUCCAAAAUUUAGUUGUUUGUAGAUUCUGCGUGAAACAAUAGAGUUUUGGAGGGAAUUUAGCUAGUUAUAUGAAUAGGUAUUCCUUUUGUUUUAUGUUCAAUUUAAAAAAGGUGCACAUACCAAGAUUUAUUUAGUUCUAUAAAUUUUUUAUUUCGAUAUCUUU